AUCAAACAACUCAGUUAUGCCAUAAUUUCAGACCAGGUAGCGCAAGCUACCGCCCGUUACAAAGGGUAAAGUCGGUGAAGUCGCAGAAUCCAUCUAUCUGUCGUGGUUCUAUAUUUUGCGUAGGAGUGUUUCGUUUCCCCGCAUCUGUCAGGUUCUCACAAACUAACACGAAAUAUGGGUGACUCAAGGGUUCGACAGAUGAAGAUAAAGACAGGCAUUGUCAAAAGAAUCUCCAAAGAAAAAUCUACGUAUGAAAAGGAGGUUGAAAUCGAAAAACAGCGGCUUGUCAAAUUCAAAGAACAGGAAAAAGAAGAGGCAGCUCUACAUCGUCAGGAGGAGGUUAUCCAGGAAACCCUAAUGAUGGUUCCUCAUUGCCAGAAGAGGCUCUUAGUUGCAUGGAAUGACCUCAAAACUGCCCUGGAAGCAGCUGAAGACUUGGCAGAUAGCAAUGAGUAUAAAGAUGCCCAAGCCAUUCUUGAAGAAUCAAAAUUGCAUCUCCCGUCUUCGUAGGAAAAAAACGGCUGGUAAAGUUGCCACUGCGCCGUGCAGUACGUUGCAACAGUGUGUUGUUUAGUCUUGCGCAUUUCCACAGGGGACCCAAUCUGAGUCGCUUAAACCGGCUUUUACUACCUACAAACUUCUAAGGAAGUUGUACUUUAUUAUUUAUAAAGAAAAUAUUUUUGUUUGCAAUUCUGCGGUGAACUUCGAUCACAGACACUUCACCUUACUUUCUGGCCACUUUGAUAUUGUGUGCUCGUGCACCAUGUUGUGCACGUGCAUUAGAGCAAUAUUUGUGGGCGGAAUGCUCUCUCUGUCUGUAAGGGGCACGUGAACAUAUUUUAUGAUGUAACAGUGGCAGUGUUUGGAAAGUUCUGGACUCUUCCACGGUUCAGCCCUUCUGUGGGAGAGCAAUUUGUCAGGAAUACUGACAACACUGUGUAUGCUGCUUCGAUUUAUAACGGCACAUUUGUACAUGCAGGCUUUUCUUGUAUCUGUGACAAACACAAGCAGCAUCCAUAAGCUUUGAGCCAUAUUCCAUUAAUAAAUACCUCAUUUUGUCGUUGUA